GAGGGGGUCCGCGGGGCGGGACCGGGACCGCGACCGGGACCGCUCCCGCCGCAGCAGAGGGUCCGCCCGCGCCGCUCCUCGCCAUGCUGCCGGCGCGCCUCCGCCCCGGGCGGCUGCUGUCCGCCGCGCCGCUCCGCCUGCCCCCGCCGCGGGGAGCCGCCGCCGCCGGCGGGGAGCCCGCCCGGAGCCCGGGCACCACCCGCGCUGAGCAGGCUCACAAGGUGGUUGCAAGUUACAAACCUUCGAAGUUUGACAAAAAAAUCCUCCUCUGGACCGGACGUUUCAAGACAGAAGAAGAGAUUCCUCCGAGGAUCCCGCCAGAGAUGCUGGACAGGGCAAGAAACAAAGCUCGAGUUAAAGCUUGUUACAUCAUGAUUGGACUCUCAGUUGUUGCCUGUUUUGCAGUGAUUGCCUCAGCUAAAAAGGCUGCUGCACGUCACGAGUCCUUAACAAGCUGGAACUUGGCAAAGAAGGCUAAGUGGCGGCAAGAGGCUGCGCUAGCAGCGGAGUCGAAGACAAAGUAACUUUGUAUGAAAUGCCAAAUGUCCUCAUAGGAGCAAAAUUAACUGUUGGUGAGAGCGAUUAGUGAAUUUCAUCAGUAAAUGGACAACUGUGGUAUUGCACAUGCUGGAGCCAGUAAGGGUAGUUACAGCAUCGCAAAAAGAAACAGAGGGUCUCUAAUAAAAGAGAUACUUGAUGUACUUGUUGCAUACAAUUAAAAUUAGUUAGAAUGUUCUGCGUAUGAUUAAAACCAGUAAUUAAUUUCAAAG